AGACUUGGCUCCUGUACCCGGACUUAGAGUCAAAUGGAGAGCUGCCUGCAGGGCCAUAUGAAGAUGUUGCUGUUCCACGUCAAGGUGAGAAUGACAGGAUAACCCAGCAUCAAAAGCUCCCAGAGGAGGUUCCAGUGCUAGGCUGGGAUCAGAAUCAGGCCCCAGCUCUGUCUCGACCUAAAGGUAAUAAGAUCAAAGCUGUAGAUAUAGAUCUACCUUUGGAUCUUCUGGGAAGCCCAGAUCAGCCUCCAGAGCCCCCUGAGGAGGCUGAAAUGUCCUCAUCCCUGCAGGAGGCCCAGGCUCAGCGUCCAGAGCCCACUCAGGAGGUUGAGUCUCCACCCCAGCAAGAGGGUCCUGCUCAAAAUCCACAGACCCCUGGGAAGGUUGAAUCUUUUCCGCCCCAGGCAGAGGCCCAGGCUCAGCGUCCAGAGGCCACUGAAGAGACAGAACCAGCUCCACUUCAGCAGGGGGCUCUGUCUCAGCCUUCAGAGGGCCCUGAGGAAGUAGGCGCUGCAGUCCCUUGGGGGGAGGGAGGGCUUCAGGAGCUUUUAGCUGAACAAUUAAGGCCUCAUGGUCCCAAUGAGAAUGAAGCUCAGCAGUCAGACCUGCACAGUGUCAGUGUUAACCCUGUGGAUCUGGCACUUACUAUAAAUCCAGAGGUCACUAAUGUGGUUGAAACUUCUCCAGUUCUGCAGGAGGCCCCCUAUCAGCCUCCAGAGAGCCCUGAGGAGGUGGAACCUUCUCCAGUCCAGGAGGAAGCUGCGUCUCAGCCUCCAGAGAGCCCCGAGGAGGUGCAACCUUCACUUGAGCAGGAGGCCCAGGCUCAGCCUGCAGAGCAUCCUGAGGAGGCGGAACCUCCUCCAUUCCCUCAGGAGGCCCAGGCUCAGCCUGCAGAGCGCCCUGAGUAUGACUCUGCCCCAGUCCAGCAAGAGGCCCCAGCGCAAGUGCCAGGGUUCCCUGGUGAGACUGUACCUCAGUUUCCAGUGAGAGAUGAGGCAGCAGCUCGACCUGGAAGUAAGUAUCCAGCUCACUCCAACCCAUCCAGUGUUACACUUAAACCAGUGGAUUUGGAACUUACGGUCACUCCAGAGCCUGCUAAGGAAGGCGAGUUUACCACAGCCCAGCAGGAGCCCCGGCCUCAGCCUCCUGAAUAUUCUGUGGAGGCAGAACCUUCUCCAACCCCGCAGGAUGCCACAGGUCAGCCUCCAGAGCCUCCUGAGGAAGCUGAGCCUUCUCCAGGUGAACAGGGACGACCGGCUCAGCCUUAUGAGCCUAAUGGGGAAGUUGUACCCUUCUCAACCCAGCAGGAGAGCCCAGCUCAGCCCACAGAGCAUCCUGAGUUGGUGAACCCAGCCACCCAGCAGGAGAGCCCAGCUCAGUCUCCAGCAGAGAUAGAGCCUUCCGCAACCCAGCAGGAAAGCACAGCUCAGCGUCCACAGUCUCCCGCUGAGGCCGAACCCUCUCCAGCUCAUUCUCAAGAUCAUGUGACAACAGCUUCUCCUCCAGGCCAGGAUCAAGCUCAGUCUCUGCAGUGGCCCAGUGUCACUGUUAACCCUGUGGACCUUGCACUCACCAUAACUUCAGGGCCCACAAGUGAAGCUGGACCUUCUCCGCCCCAACAGGGGGCCUCAUCUCAGUCUGCAGGGUCCCCUGAGCAGUUGGAACUGUUACUGGUCGAACAGGAGGUUCCGGAACAGCCUCCAGCCCCCUCAGGAAAUGGUGAACCUUCUCCAGUCCAGCUUGAGCCCCCAACUCAGCCUCCAGAGACCUCUACAGCUGCCGCAGCUCAACAUCCAGUACUUAAUGAGGUGACGUUCUCACCUGCAGGGCCAGGUGAAGCUCAGCAUCCAGUGAUGCCUAGUACCAUAGGCAAACCCCUGGAUCUCACAGUUGUCAUCACUCCAGAGCCUGCUAAGGAGGCUGAAAGUUCUCCAGAGCAGCAGGAGGGCUCUGCUCAUUUUCCCGUUUCCCCCGAGCAGGCUGAAUUUUCUCCAGUCCAGUCUAAGCCUCUUUCUCCGUCUCCGGAGCACCCUGGGAAGGUUGAAUCUUUCCCAGGACAACAAGAGGCCACAGCUCAGACUACAGGUCCCCCUGAGGGGGUGGGGCUUUCUUCGGUCCAGGAGGAAGCCCCGGCUCAACCUCCAGAGCCACCUAAGGAGGUUGAGAUGACAGUUGGAACACCAGGACAGAAUCACGCUCAGCAUUCUAGCUCACCCAGUGUCACUGAUAAAGCUUUGGACCUGGGGCUUACCGUGACUCCAGUGCCUCUUACAGAGGCUGGACACUCUGCAGCCCUGCAGCAGACGACAUCUCAUCCAACGUACAUGGAGGUGACACCUCCACAGGCAGAGCAGGUGCUGGCUCAGCAUCCAGCCAUGACUGAGUUCACAGUUCAACCUCUGGAUCUGGAACUUUCACUAAGUCCAGAACCUGAUACAGAGGCUCGACCUUCUCCAACCACACAGGGGACCCCAACUUGGCCUCCCGAGCCCCAUCAGCCUUCAUUGUAUCAGGAGGUGACAGUUCCCACACCAGACCAGGAUCACCCUGAGCAUCUAAUGUCAUCUAGUGUCAUAGAUAAACCUUUGGAUCUGGAGCUUACCAUGACUUCAGUACCUACUACGGAAGCUGAACAUUCCACAUCGCCCCCUCCAGAACACCCUGAGGUGACACUCACCCCUUUAAGCAUCACUCCAGUCACAGUUCACACUGUGGACCUGGAAGUUACUGUAAAUGGAGCAUCCAGUGUGGAUGUUGAACCUUCUCCGACCAAGCAGGAGACCCCAGCUCAGCCUCCAGAGCCACCAAAGGAGGUUGUUGUUGAAUAUCCACCCCAUCAGGAGGUGACCAUUCCGACUUCAAUUAAGGGUCAAGGUCAGCACACAACACCGUCCAGCGUCACACCUCAUCACGUAGACCUGGAGCUAACCAUGACUUCAGAACCUGCUAUGGAGGCUCAACAUUCUACAGUCCUCCAGAAGACUACAGCUCCUCCUCCUGAGGUGGCACUUGCACAUCCAGACCUGACUCGAGUCACAGUUCCCCCUGUAGGUCAGGUAGAUACCAUAACUCGGCACCCAGGGUCACUGAAAACACCUGCUUCGGCUGAGCCUUCGGUGGUGCAUUCUGUACCAUACACCUCAGAAAAGGAGCAACCGGAACAGAGCGCUCCCACAAGUGUGAACAUCUGUGAGCUCUGCAUGUGCAGUAAUGAGAUCUUGUCCUGCACUGGUCUCAGCCCAGAGGAGAGGCUCCAGACAGUGCCCGUGCCGCAGCCCAGCAGCUACAACGGCACCUUCACCAUCCUAGAUUUCCAAGGAAACUCUAUUUCUUACAUUGAUGAAAAUACUUGGAAGCCUUACCGCUGGACUGAGAAACUAAUUCUCAGAGAUAAUUCUUUGACUGAGUUGCGUAAGGAUUCAUUUAAAGGCUUGCUAGCCCUGCAGUAUUUAGAUUUAUCUUGCAAUAAAAUACAGUUUAUUGAAAGCGGUACAUUUGAAUCACUACCUUUUCUGGAGUUUGUCAAUCUUGGUUGUAAUUUAAUAGUAGACCUGAGCUUUGGAACGUUCCAGGCCUGGCAUGGAAUGCAGUUUUUACAGAUGAUAAAUCUCAGUCAUAAUCCUUUGACAACAGUUGAAGAUUCUUAUCUUUUUAAAUUGCCAGCAUUACGAUAUUUAGACCUGGGAAAAACAGAAGUCUCGCUUACAACAAUUGAAAGAAUCCUCAUGAUAAGCGUUGAAUUGAAAACACUGAUCUUACCUAGCCAUAGGACCUGCUGCCUCUGCCAAUUUAAAACUACUAUUGAAGUUGUCUGCAAGACAGUCAAGCUGCACUGUGACAGUGACUGCCUGGCAAGCACCACACGUUGUGGUGAAGAAGCAGCUGUAGGGAACAUAGAAGGAUCGCUCAUGAAGGUGUUACAAGCCCGGAAAAAUAAUACCAGCACCGAGCUGAUUAUUGAGCCAGAGAACGAGUCCUCGGACGAACAUGGUGUCAGCUUCUCAGCCUUCGUCGAUAAACAGCUAGACUUUAAUGACGAAAUUGAUGUUAUUAGUGCAGUAAAUUAUGUACUGCCUUAUUUCUCGGAGGGAAAUCUAGAAGACUUAGAGACAGCAUUUUUACCAUUCAUAAAACUUCUCUUUUCCCAUCUACAAGAUGGAGAUAAGUCCCUGGGUUAUUUGGAAAAAAACACAAGGAACCGUUUUGUUCAACCUGAAUCCAACAACUUACCUUAUAAAAAUAAACUGCAGAGAUUCUAUCAUCUGAAAAAAUGGUCAGAUUCAGAAAUGCAAAAAAAAAUCGAUGAGGUUGAAAAGAAGGAAAAAGCUGCCAGGCUUGUACGUGCCGACCCUUUGGGUCACAAAUUAUGGCAGGCCUUUCAAGAGCAACUGGACACUGCCCAACCACAGGAAAACAGCCCGGCAAAGACUGAAAGUGUAGGGAAAAGGCUGCGGGGAGUGGACUGGGUCCUCAGGGGCCCAAAUGGCAUCAUCAAAAAACGUGUCAAAAAACUGAUGCGUAGGAGGAAACAGAAUUCCCAGCCAGCUGUGGAGAACACUGCCAAGGAUGAAAAGCAGUUGGACACUGCCCAACCACAGGAAAACAGCCCGGCAAAGACUGAGGGUAUAGGGGAAAGGCUGCAGGGAGUGGACUGGGUCCUCAAGGACCCAGAUGUCGUCGUCAAAGAAAGUGUCGACGAACUGAUGCAUUGGAGGAAACAGGAUGCCCAGCCAGCUCUGGAGAACACUGCCAAGGAAGAGGCACUCAGAAGGCAGUCCCCAGGAGCAGGGGGGCAGCUUCAGAUGAUGUGGAGGCCCCGGAAGUUAGUGGGAAGCUCGUUCAACACAAAACCCUCACUUAUAAAUGAAGACAAAGCAGCAGUCUCUUCUUCCCUGCCCCCUGCCCCCACCCCUCCUAAAUCUGAGGUUAGACAGGAAUCAAAAGACUUAUCCUAUAGUAUUUUAGAAGACGCAGAAAGUAUAGUUAGAAAUAUGGAAGCUUCUAAACCAACCUCACGUCCCAGAAAAAGACGCCUGUUCCUUGGUAGUCGCUCUCGUGCGAUGCACAGCUUAUUCCAGGCCAAAAGGAAUCGAACUUUGAAAAGGAAAGAGCUCCUCAGGAGUAUAUCUGCAGGCAGGCCUCCCUCUGCAGUGAGGAGCCUCAUAAAUUCUCCUUCAGGAGAAGCUAUUUCUUCUUCAGCAGAACUAAAUUCUCAUGAAAACCCACCAGAGUUAUUUUCUUCUUCAGACCCUCUUGCAGGAAAGGCAACUGUGCCGGAAGGAGCUCUCUCUGAAGUCGCUGCCCGUACGGACGUUCCCAGCACAUAUUCUGUUACUACAGGCAACUUUGUGCCAACUGUUGAACACACGGACGAAACACAAAGGGAAUACCUCAACGUGGGCACUGAAUUACCCUCUAAACCCACCAGCUUCACUUCCCCAGGGCUUCCAUCCUUGGGUGAUCAGUUUGAACUCCAGGUAAACCAGCAGCUACGGUCCAUCGUACCAAAUGGUUACAUGAGAGGCCUCAUUUCUCAUUUGAUCCGAACUCUCAAAAUGGACUGCUCUGAGACGCACGUGAAGCUGUCCUGUGCCAAGUUUUUCACCAGAACAGGCCUUCUGAUAAAGCUGCUCAGUGAGCAGCAAAAAGUAAAAUUGUCCCCGGCAGAGGGGGAUACUGACCUGUGGAAAACUGAGAACUACAUCAGUGAGAGCGCAGAAGGCCAGAGUGAACAGACAGGGCAGGAGCCACAUGAGCUCACAGAGGAAGUUCCAGGAUCCGACUAUAAGAGCAAAGUCAUGUGGGCAGUUUUAAUAUCUGUGGCAGUAACUGCAGUAGUGGCGGUCUUGGUUAUAAGUUUCUGCCUUUUUGAGAUUUGUUCACGCAGAAAAGCAGCAAAAGAUCAGAAAAAAAGCGUAAGGGGCUUCUUUCAGUUUUUGCUGCGUAGAAAAUGCUCAGAGCAAAGUGAGAGCCAGGAGGGCUUCUUCCAGAGAAUGCGGCCGCUCUGGCUCAGGGACAUGUACAGACCUCUCAGUGCCACACGCAAAAAAAAUAUGGCGCAGAAGCUACAUGAUGGGGAGUCUUCUGACGAGGAAGAGAUUUUCAGUAAGGAUGCGAGGGCACCCACGGAUGACGCAGCUGACGUGGUCCUGACCAGCGAGCCGGACGAGCCGGAUGAGGAGAGCGAGACGGUACUGGGGAGCAACGCGGUGUGAGCGCCGUCCCGCAUCGGGCCGCCUGUGCAUUUUAUUUUCUAAUAUUAUCUUUUCAGAAAGAUUGCUUAUAAAAUACUCCUUUUUCUCCAGUGAAGAUGUACAAAUUCCAACCAAUUCUAGCCACGUGGUGAGGACUUAAAAUGUAAAUAGUUGAAUAUUUAUAAGCAAAGAACAAGGGCCACAGGCAGGAGAAAGCAGGGCUGAGGCUUGAAUCCCUCACAGUAGGCAGUGCUUCCGUGAGGGGUGACGUGGGCACAGGAGGAUGACUAGAAGGAUGAAGAAGGGCUUCUCUCCCUCGUUUCCCCAGUAUAGUCAGUCCCUGGGAACCGGGAAGCGUGUCGUGCGCCGGGGGCAGGAUCGUGCAGUCACGGCACAGACGGCGCUGGCUUCCCCCCCUGCUCCGGGCCGGCGGCGGCUACUCACAGCACGGCUGCCCCUGCCAGCGGGGGCCCCGCACACAGGGGCUGGGGCGGCCAGAAGGUUUGCGUCCCUGGGCUGCCUCCACCCUGAGGCCAAGGCCUGGCUUUUCUCCGAAGCUCUCAAACUCGUGUACAGAUGUGUUUCCUGUCAUGGUAGGGGGUUCUCCACCCUUUGAAGCUGGUGGAAAAUUCUCAUUGAGUUUUUUCUUCUCUAAAAAGCCCCUAACCCUUGGAGAGCUAGCUGGAGGGACAGGGUAGAGAAUGUGUGGGAGCAGCCAUUGCCCAAGGUGGCCAUCCCCAGGCCUCCCCUGGGCUGCCCUGGCCUCUCCUGACCCCACUGAGGGUCCGCCACGUGCUGCUCAGCUCCCUCCAGCUCAGCCCAGCACCAAACCUCCCCACUUCCUGCCUCACCCAGCACAGGCCUGUGGCUGCGUGAUUUCAAGCGAGUGUGUAAUGACAGUGCCACCUGCAUCAGCUGCAAGGUUCUUCCACUCCUACAAAGGAAGUCAUUAUUCAGUCGCAUUUAAUAAGCCAGUGAUGGUUGAAGUACCUUAGUGAGUAAAAGGAAUUCUGAAUGAGUCAAUAACAGUGACAACUACAGUGAGGAGAAUGACGGGAGCUGUUUACUGAGCACCUGCUCUGGGCCAGGUGCAGUACUAGGCACUUGAGUCACACCAUUAGGUCAUAAGAACAGAAAGUCCCCAUGCCCGCCCAGACUCUGUAAUGAGUCAGGGGUUGAUGUCAACGAGGGAGGUGGACACGAAGACAAGGAGCUGAUGAGAAGCCAGGGAUAAAGAUCCUCAUGUUGCUGGGCUUCCCAACGUGCGGGCCAGGAUUCCAAGUAGCUCCAGGUUCCUAUGUGGGGAUGUUUCCAUUAUUUCAAUGUUGGUACAUAGAGGGAGGCUUAGGUAAUAUUUUUUAUGUCACACUACCUCCAAUUUGCACAAUUCUUUAUUAGUCUCAAAUGCUACCCUAAUGUAUUUCUAAAUAAAAAUGCCCAAGAGUAAGGCUCUGCUUUGCCCAGCUUGACCCAAAUUGGGCAGUGCUUUUGCCAGAACACAGACUUCACCUGGCCCACCUGUCUGUCCUUGGCUCAGGGACACACCCUGGCUCUAGGAGUCAGCUGGUACAAAAACCAUGGCCACCUACAGCUGCCUCUGUCUCCAUCAUACUGAUGGGCAAACUAGCUCGGAGUUCGGCUCCUUACUGAGAACUGAGUGACAGAACAAGGGACGGAGAUACAAGGCCAACAGCUACUCAGUGAAAAUUCUCACUGAUUCUAAUGAGAUCUGUCAGAGGAAUUAGCCAUUUUUAAAAUGGUAAUGAUACGAGGCAAUGAAUGAGUAGGGCAAGAAUGACACAGAAGUGUUGUAGGGUUCGGAGGAGGGAAGGUUAGGAAGCUGGGGAGAGUCCAUGAAAAAGGUGGGACUUGUCCUGGGCCUGGGUUACAAGCCAGAGACUGUGCCUGGUCUGGAGGAAGAGUUGGACACAGUCCCUGUCCUCCAGGCACUCCUAAGACUGGGAGGAGGGACAGACCCCUGAAGGUGUACGUAGAAGACAGUGUGUUGACGUGACAAUGGCAGUGUGCCAAGCGGUGGGUUCAGCUCUUGGUUGGCUGGAAAGGAGUAAAUGUGAGGGAUGGCUUGGAGGAGGGGAAGAGGAAGGAAGCCACACAGAAGUUUAGGCUGACGAGAUGAAGGAAAGGCCUGGUCUAGACAGGACAGUACAGCAGCGAGAAGCGUGAAACCCCAGGGUGUGCUCGCACGUGCGCAGCCUGCUUCCCGAGCACGCAGCGCGAGGCGGGAAAGGCAGUGUGAGAGGCCGCGUGGGGAGCAGGGGACCAGUCCCCGGGGUCCUGGCAGAGGCACGUGGUCGUGACCAGGCAGCACAGACUGCAAUGUUUUAAGCAGAGAAGGGUCAUGAUCAAGCUUGAGUUUUAGAAAGAGCACUUUGAAGGUGGUCUGGAAGUAGAGAGGCCAAGAGAUCAACUUGGGGGUUUAGACCAAGUAGGAACUGGGAGGAAGUGGGGCGCCAGACUGGAGGUUUUGAUGCAGCUGAAGCACGUGUAUGGUGGGUACACAUGAGUGGGAACUGGAAGGACAAGCGCUUUUGUUCACAGAAGGAAAGGUUGGACUUUUGAGAGUUUGUAUGGUAGAUUCCAGAUGAUAAUAAGGUCCAAGUGUAACCUGGGGGUGGGGGUCAGGAAGUAUCGGGAAUCCAGCAAGUGAUGAGAAAGAGCUCGAAUGACCUUGGAGACUCACUUGUUUCCCCUUUAUGUAGCUCAGCAGAAAGCUAGCUCAGCAGGCACCUGCAGGGCCAUGGGUGGGGGAAACAGGCGCCCCUUCCGUCAUUUCUACCCUCUGGCAGUUCCCAGUAUUAGUGGUAAAGGUGGACAGAAUCAACUUUCUCAGAACUCUGGAAAUCUAACCAAUGGGCUUGUAGAAAUCUGAGGGGCAAUUUUUUUAAGAAAACACAUUAACUUUCUCUCUCUCUUUCUUUCUUUCUUUUUCUAUCUUUCUUUCUCUAUUUAUUUAUUUAAAACACUAACUUCUGUCAGGACAGUGAGAUCUGUGUUGCUUUAACUUGUCCUAGAACAUUGCUCUCCAUGAAAGUUUCUUGGGGACAAAGUCUUUGUCCUAUUCUUUGUAACCCCAACACUUAGUGCAGUGCAGAGCAUGGCUCACAGUGAAUGUUUUUGAAUAUAUCCAUUAAUUUUUGUCAACUGUGAUUCAACAACCACCCCCCUCCCUGGGUCGCCUAUCUGACCAUAAUGAAACUCAGAUUCUUAUGAGAGUCUUGGUGUUAUAAAAUGUUUAGGAAAGGUCAUGAGUUUAAGACAUGGUACCAGUGCUACUAAAACCUCUUGGUGGAGGGAGCUAACGAGCCCACUCUCCGAUGUGCUGGCAAGAGAAAAACUGAGCCUUUGUUCUCUUUCCACAAGUUAGGCACCAGCAAGCUAAUGAAGGGGGAAGGGAGGCUGCCACUAGUGGGCAUCUGCAGAACUGUUAGUCCAGCUCCAGAUGCACAAUCGACACCUUCAUUAACCCAAACUGAACUUUGUGAAACUGCAUUUCUGAACUACAAGACAAAUAGGAGGGUCUUUUCCAAAGCCUGAUUUAGAGGAGGCUCUUCACCUUGAGUCUAAAAUCCCCUUCAGACAACUGAACCUACCUGCUGUGAUCUGCUUGUGACAUGGAGAAAUCACAAAAUUUUCAAGGUUCUGAAAAACCCAUACUUCUUAUUAGUUGUAGUCAGGAAAGAAAGUAUAGUGCAUUAGGCAAUAGCAAUAUAUCUUCUUUAUAUUUUUCACACUACAGCUUAACACAAACAUCCAUACCUCAAAGGUUCCUAUUGACCACAGAUAAUUCACUUCAGACAUACAGAAUUUUUGAAAAAUAACGUUUUGGGUGGUUGAGGAGAGAGGUGCCCAGUGGUGGGUGUUUAGGAAUUUUUUCCGCUUUACCAUUUAAAAGCAGCUAAUAGUUGAGGAGGCACCCAUACCUUUUGUUCCCUGAAGAAUUUUGGGCUAAACUUAGUUCUUUGCAGCUCUGUGCUGCAUACAUUUUAAGCAGUUAGGAAUUUUGCACAUGAGCAGGGGUUAAAUUCAAAAGUGGAAUUUCAAGCACGUUAGAGCAACAACAAUGGGAUUUGUGACAACACUAAUUAACAGUAUCAAUAAUAUACAAAUGAUUGUCCUGAAAUAUCAUCUUUCAAAACAGGAUAACAUUUUGAAGAGGUGGAUUGAGUUUAUCUUGGAAGAGUGUGCAAAUGGUUUCAUUAUCUACUAUUUUUAACUGCCAGUAAAAAUAUAAAAUCGUUUUCUUCUAUAGAUAGUUCAGAGUGCCAAGAAUUUGACCAGAGCUGAUGGAAAAGUGACAUUAUUCACCUUUUAAUGCUUCUGGGUCUCUAUAACGCCAAGGAUGAGAACUACCCCAACUGUCUUUUUAACCAAAGAGGAUUUGAUUAUAAAUGCCUAUGUAUGUGUGCGAAUGAAUGACCAAAUCAUGUAGGGAAUGAAGGUAUUUCAUGUAGGGCAUUUUCAAGCUUGGCCAGUAAAAACGUUAUGUAAACUUACGGUCUCCCCCAACGACAGUGUGAAGCUCUGAGAUCUGUUCUGUUCACUGCUGUAUCUUCAGUGCUUAGACAGAACUGACAGAAAGUAACUACUUAAUAAAUUUGCACAAAAAGGAAUAAAUCCUGCAGUAUUAUGUUUAACUAAUGAAUGCAACAAUUUUGAUAAUUGCAUAAUUUUGCUGUUAUAGGUAAACUCAAAAAGGCCAAAUAGUAUGCAAUAUUUCAAAUAUUUUCUAUAGUGAAAUAUUAAGUACCAAAGAAGACAGAAUCAAAGAAAAGCUAAGGCUGUAGACUUUUGGGAGAACUCCAUGCCACUUAACUGCUCUCAUAUUAUUCCUCUGUUUGAAACUAAAGUCAAGGAAAGUUGACCUCCCCUACUCAAUUCCUUACAACCUUCAUGAAGAUCUUUCGUGUGUGUUGAUAUCUUUCAAUGCAAAUAAAAAUCAUUGCACCAGUA